AUUCAAUUCAAUAGUUAGAUCGUUCGUUGUGAUUAAUAACGUCCUAUCCUUCAUCCUACAUUCUCCCAUCCCCAUCUCCCUGUUGCUAUCUUUGUUUUUACUUCUAUUUAUUCCACAGCUCUUGAGAAAUCUAACGUGAAUUUCUACCUACAUUUCCCCCCGCUUUGAGCUCCUCUGUCGCUGAGAGCUCUAUCCGAUCGCCGGAACCUUACCGCUUCUCCCCCCUCUGGGCCUGCACUUGGAGUUGUGGACACGAGUCACUAUUGAUAGGAAGUCUUGCCUUUUAAGCAAGACUUUCAUCUUUACACCUUCACCAUUCCCUCCUCGGAUAUCCCCGUUCGUGACGCUGCGAAGCUGGGAAAGCGAAGAGCGUCUGCCAACACCGAAGCUAGACCGGAGAAGAAGACCAUGACGGAUUCCAAAAUGCAGGUCGAUACUCCAACACAAGAGACCGUCGAAAUGAUCAAGCAUGGCGAGAUCGACGAGUCUCUGUACAGCCGACAGCUGUAUGUUCUCGGCCACGAAGCCAUGAAGCGUAUGGGCUCCUCGAACGUCCUCGUCGUCGGUUUGAAAGGCUUGGGUGUUGAAAUCGCCAAAAACAUUGCUCUCGCCGGUGUAAAGUCCCUCACGUUGUACGAUCCUGCUCCCGUCGCUAUCUCCGAUCUCUCGUCUCAGUUCUUCCUUCAACCACAAGAUGUUGGCAAGCCCCGUGCCGAAGUUACAGCUCCAAAGGUCGCUGAGCUGAACUCAUAUGUCCCGGUCACGGUCCAUGAGGGCACAAGUCUUGUGGAUGACUUGGAGCAACUAAAACGUUACCAAGCAAUCGUGCUUACGCUCACCCCCCUAAAAGAGCAGCUAGCAAUCGCAGACUUCUGUCACCAGAAUGGCAUUUACCUCACCAUCACAGACACCUUUGGCCUCUUUGGAUACCUUUUCAACGACUUUGGCAAGAAUUUCACGAUUGGAGAUGCCACAGGUGAGGAACCUGUCAGUGGAAUCAUCGCCGACAUCGACGAAGAUGGUCUAGUCUCAGCGCUUGACGAAACCCGCCACGGCUUGGAGGAUGGAGACUUUGUGACAUUCACCGAGAUCAAGGGCAUGGAAGGCCUAAAUGACAGCGAUCCAAAGAAAGUCACCGUCAAGGGUCCAUACACGUUCUCCAUUGGAGAUGUGUCCGGCCUUGGCUCAUACAAGGGUGGUGGUAUCUUCACUCAGGUCAAGAUGCCGAAAUUUGUUGAUUUCCAGCCACUCUCUGAGCAAAUCAAAAAGCCGGAGCUUAUGGUUUCGGAUUUCGCCAAAUUUGACCGACCACAGCAGCUCCACAUCGGCAUCCAAGCCCUUCACAAGUUUGCGGAAACCCAUGACGGCCAACUACCUCGUCCCCAUAAUGAGAGUGAUGCACAGGAAGUGCUGAAGGUCUCCAAUGACCUUGCCUCCAGCCAAGAGGAGAAGGUCGAACUUGAUGAAAAGCUUAUCAAAGAGCUGAGCUAUCAGGCUCGCGGUGAUCUCAACCCCUUGGCUGCGUUCUUCGGCGGUGUUGUGGCACAAGAAGUUCUCAAGGCAGUUUCCGGAAAGUUCAGUCCCGUACAGCAAUGGCUCUACUUCGACUCUUUGGAGUCUCUCCCGACCUCUACCGCCCGCUCCGAGGAGACCUGCAAGCCCCUAGGUACCCGCUACGACGGUCAGAUUGCUGUUUUUGGCAAAGAGUUCCAGGAUAAGAUUGCCGAUGUCACGCAGUUCCUUGUUGGCGCAGGAGCUAUUGGGUGUGAGACGCUAAAGAACUGGGCUAUGAUCGGUCUCGGAACUGGCCCCAAAGGAAAGAUUUAUGUUACUGACAUGGAUCAAAUUGAGAAGAGCAAUCUUAACCGACAAUUUCUGUUCCGCAGCAAAGACGUUGGCAAACUCAAGAGUGAAUGCGCUUCCGCUGCAGUUGUUGCAAUGAACCCUGAGUUGGAGGGCAAGAUUGUCACACUCAAGGACCGUGUUGGGCCCGAUACCGAAGAUGUCUUCAACGAAGAGUUCUGGGAACGUCUUGAUGGAAUCACCAAUGCUCUUGAUAAUGUGGAGGCUAGAACUUACGUCGAUCGCCGCUGUGUUUUCUUCAGAAAGCCACUGCUAGAGAGCGGUACCCUCGGAACAAAGGGCAAUACUCAAGUGAUCCUUCCACGCAUCACUGAGUCCUACUCCAGCUCUCAGGACCCACCAGAGAAAUCUUUCCCCAUGUGUACUCUCAAGAGUUUCCCCAACCGGAUCGAGCAUACUAUCGCUUGGGCCAGAGACCUCUUCCAAACUUACUUCGUUGGGCCUCCCGAGUCCGUCAACAUGUACCUGUCCCAGCGUAAUUACAUUGAACAGACCCUCAAGCAGGCUGGUAAUGAAAAACAGACUCUGGAGAACCUACGCGACUUCCUAGUGACUGAAAAGCCAUUGACGUUCGACGAUUGUAUUGUGUGGGCACGUCAUCAAUUUGAAGCUCAGUACAACAAUGCCAUCCAGCAGCUUCUCUAUAACUUCCCACGAGACUCCACUACAUCUUCCGGUCAGCCUUUCUGGUCAGGACCUAAGCGUGCUCCAACUCCCUUGAAGUUUGACAGCUCUAACCUCACCCAUCUCGGAUUCGUUAUUGCCGCCGCAAAUCUUCAUGGCUUCAAUUAUGGAAUCAAGAACCCUGGCGCCGACAAAGAGUACUAUAGGAAGGUUGUGGAUAACAUGAUCAUCCCCGAAUUCACUCCCAGGUCCGGUAUCAAGAUUCAAGCCGAUGAAAAUGAACCCGACCCGAACGCUCAGCCCUCCGGUUCCUCUCUGGACAAUAAGGAUGAGAUUCGGCGCCUCGUUGACUCUCUUCCAUCUCCCAAGUCUCUUGCAGGAUUCCGCCUGAACCCUGUGGAAUUCGAGAAGGAUGAUGAUACCAACUACCACAUUGAUUUUAUUACCGCGGCUAGCAACCUCCGUGCUGACAACUACGAUAUUCCUCAGGCUGAUCGCCAUAAGACCAAGUUCAUCGCCGGAAAGAUUAUUCCUGCCAUCGCUACCACUACAGCGCUUGUUACCGGUCUAGUAGCCUUGGAGUUAUACAAGAUCAUCGAUGGCAAAGACGACAUUGAACAAUACAAGAAUGGUUUCGCAAACCUCGCCCUCCCAUUCUUUGGUUUCAGUGAGCCUAUUGCAAGCCCGAAAGGCAAGUACAUGGGCAAGCAAGGUGAGGUGACUAUCGACCAGAUCUGGGACCGCUUUGAGGUGGAAGAUAUUCCUCUGCAAGACUUCCUCAAGUAUUUCUCAGACCAGGGCUUGGAGAUUUCCAUGGUCAGCUCUGGAGUCAGUCUGCUGUACGCCAGCUUUUACGGCCCAUCUAAAGUCAAGGACCGUCUUCCUAUGCGGAUGAGCAAGCUCGUGGAGCAUAUCAGCAAGAAGCCCGUCCCCGAACACCAGAAGAACAUUAUUUUCGAAGUGACCGCAGAGGAUCAGACGGAGGAGGAUGUUGAGAUUCCAUAUGUGAUGGUGAAAUUGAGGAAUCGAUCUACCACCCACCAUACACCCUAUACACUUUCCGUCAUAUACCUUAGAAGAGACUCGAAUGCCAACUGCCGUUCCAAAGUCUGUUUUUGCUCUGUCGUGUUCAUGUUUCCUGCUGUGCUUAGACCUCAUAGGGCUGUACAUCAUAUUCUUACUCCCAGAAUUCUAUCGAGACUUGGUAGUACAAGCAUUUCCAGAUUCGCCUUCAUCUCUGCGCCGAUCUCCACGACUCGUAAGAUGGCUACAGGCAACGCCAACAAGAUCACGGACUGGGUAAACCCGACUGAUAAGUCGGGUGAAUUCAAACGUCAGGUUUCGUCUUUCCGGAACUGGAUCUCCAGAGAGCCUGGAGCCGAGUUCCCUCCUGAAAAGGGCCGUUAUCAUCUCUAUGUCUCCUACGCUUGUCCUUGGGCCCACCGGACUUUGAUCACCCUCAAGUUGAAGGGCCUGGAGGAUUUCAUUUCCUACACCUCCGUGCAUUGGCAUCUAGCCGAUAAGGGCUGGCGCUUCGCAACCUCAGAUGAGAAAAUUCCUGGAGAUAAUACCACUCCGGACCCAUUACAUCCUUCCUUUACCCAUCUCCGCGACAUCUACUUCUCCAAUGAGCCCGAAUAUGCUGGCAGAUUUACCGUCCCCGUGCUCUACGAUAAGAAAACUAACCGCAUCGUGAGCAACGAGAGCUCUGAAAUUAUCCGCAUGUUCUACCAUGAAUUCGACGACCUCCUCCCCGAAACCUACAAAGCCAUCGACCCCUUCCCUCCCACCCUACAGGCUACCAUCGAAUCCACCAACGAAUGGACCUACAACGACGUCAACAACGGCGUCUACAAGGCCGGCUUCGGAACCACCCAGGAGGCCUACGAGCGUGCCGUGGCAACGCUCUUCUCCUCGCUCGAUAAGAUCGAGACACAUCUCGCCACCGCUCCUGGGCCCUACUACUUCGGGUCCUCCGUCACGGAGGCUGACAUCCGGCUCUUCACAACAAUUGUCCGCUUUGACCCGGUGUAUGUGCAGCAUUUCAAGUGUAACAUUCGAGAUAUCCGCUCGGGGUAUCCGGCUAUCCAUCGGUGGUUGAGGAAGCUUUACUGGGAUGUUCCGGCGUUCCGGGAGACGACGCAAUUCGAGCACAUCAAGAAGCAUUACACAAAGAGUCAUACGCAGAUUAACCAGUUUAGCAUUACUCCUGUUGGGCCGUUGCCGGAUAUUCUUCCCAAGGAUGAGGAAGUUCGGGCUGUGGCUGCAAUCAAGCCUUAGUAUAAGAGCCAGUCUGUCUGUCUGUGGCUCGUCAUUUAUAUAUAUAUAUAUAGUAAUCACGGAGCUAGUGUUAGCACACGAAAUUGAAACCUCUUAUGAUUGUGAAU